AUGAACUGCAGCGAGAGCCAGCGGCUGCGCACCCUCCUGAGCCGCCUACUGCUCGAGCUGCACCACAGGGGCAACGCCAGCCGCCUGGGCGCGGAACCGGGCCCGAGCAUGGGCAUGGGGGUCGUGCCUGACCCCUUCGUGGGCCGCGAGGUGACCAGCGCCAGGGGCGACGACGCCUAUCUCUACGUCCUGCUCAUCAUGGUCUUUUACGCCUGCCUGGCCGGAGGCCUCAUCCUGGCCUACACUCGCUCCCGCAAGCUUGUCGAGGCCAAGAACGAGCCGGCCCAGGCCUGCUCCGAGCACCAGUGGGCCCCGGGAGGCGCCUCGGCCGAAGCCGAGACAGCCGCCGGCUCCCCGGCAGACAGCCGCCGCCAGCUCGCCCUCGGGGGGCUGCCUGCACUCGCUCAGGGCACCGAGGGGGUCUAG